GCUUUUAUUAUGCGAGGAUGGUCUGAGGAUGUCGCACUUCCGCUUCCGCUUGCGUCACCUCUGGGUGCUUGGCAGGAGUUGACAGCUGAUCGUCUGUGCACUAACUAGACAGAUGUGUGACCAGCUGACCUCUGAGCUGACACUGCCCUCGCUCUUCAACUGAGGUCGUGGUGAUGGCGACAGACAGAGGUGUAGUGGAAGACUGGCUCUCAGAGUUCAAGGCCUUGUCUGAAACGCAGCUGUGUGGUUACGCUGGAGUCCUGGAUCAGAAGCAUACACUGGUGCCAGCCCUCUACAGCAUCAUCCAGGACCCUGACAGUGAGGUGAGGAGCGAGCGGCGCUCAGAGAUCAACAGCUCUGAGUCUGCUCAUCUGUGUCUGUGUUCACAGCUGCUGGAGCCGGUGUGCCAUCAGCUGUUCGAGCUGUACCGCAGCUCAGAGGACUGUCUGCGCCGCUUCACGCUGCAGUUCCUGCCCGAGCUGCUGUGGGUUUACCUGCGCAGAGACAGACACAGCAGCGGCUGCAUCGAGGCGCUUCUGCUGGGCAUCUACAACCUGGAAAUCGUGGAUAAAGAUGGAAAUGGCAAGCUGUUAUCAUUCCUGAUCCCGUCCCUGUCCAAACCAUCCAUAUAUCAUGAGCCGUCCAGUCUGGGCUCCAUGGCUUUGACUGAGGGUGCUCUCUGUCAGCACGACCUAAUCAGAGUGAUCUACAGCGGCCUGCACCCGCAGAGAGAAGCCUUCACUGCCCAGAACAGGUUUGAGGUGCUGUGUUUCCUGAUGCUGUGCUAUAACUCGCUGGUGGUCUACAUGCCUCGCUCAUCACACCGGGCCGUCUGCAGGAUGAGCUCGCGGCUGUGCGUGAGCGGCUUUCCCCGUCAGCAGCUGAAGGCCUGGACCUCUUCCUGUGUGCGUGUGCUGCUGGAGCCUCAGUUCAUGGUGCAGAUGCUGGCUGCUGUCUAUCACGCCAUAUAUAACGGCGAGUGGGAUGCUGGGAGAGAGGCUUUGGAUGAUAUCCUGUACAGAGCUCAGCUGGAGCUGUACUCAGAGCCUCUGCUGCUGGGCAAUGCUAUGAAGAGCUCCCUGCCUGGCAGCGCUCCGGACGGAUCUCAGGGGAGGAAGGUCCUGCAGGUGGAGGUCACUCCCAGCAUCAGACGGGUCUCCCGCUGCACCAUCACCGCCGCAUCCAUCCGCAGACUGCGCUGGAAGAGAGAGGAUGCAGAGCAGCUGAGCAGGGAGGAGGACUCCUCUGGCCUGAACGAUGCAGAUGAGGGCUUCUCAUCCGGUGCGUCCAGCAGCAGCCAGCCCAGCGGUGUGCGCGGGAGGAAGAGCCGGCCGUCCGCUCGCAGGACCUCCAGCACCUCUCUGGACUGCAGGCCGGGACAGCGCUCCGGUGCCGAGGCGCGCAGAUACUCCAUCCUCAGCCUGCAGGAGCAGCAUCUGCCAGAGGAGACGGAGCUGCUCUCUCCUGGAAAACAGAGCAGAUCACCCAGCUUCAGCAUGCAAAUUAUCUCACAGGUCUAGAACCGGCAGCCUCCUUCUAGACAGAAGAAUUGUACCCCAAAAGCAGGAACUCUCGUUACUUACUCGUGUCAUUUCAUCCCUGUAUUUUUCUCAUGAAACAUAAAAGCGGUCCAAACUAGGAAGGUGGACGGUGAUUCAUACUGCCACUCAGUGAACACCGUACCAACUUCACUACAGUCAGUAUUACUUUUACUUCCCUUUCUACAGUCAGUCUGUUAAAGAAGUGAAAUGUAAGCAGUUAUUUUCAACUCUUAACUCGUACUCUAACUUUAUUUAUAAAGCACCUAAUAAAACAACUAAGCAUAACCACAGCGACAAUACCUCAGCAGGGAUGGCCUGCUUUUGUGAUAAUUGUCACAAAAACACUGGAAAACUGUUCCAAAGCCUUGUUGCAGCUACCAAAAAACAGAACUUUAAUUUUGAUCGAGGAAUAUGUAGGAGACUUUGCCCAUUAGAUCGUAAAGAUCUCUUUGACACUUGAACAUGACAAAGAUCAGAGAUGUAUGGAGGGGCUUUAUCAUGCAGGAUUUAAAAACACAAAUCUUAAAAUUAAUUCUAUAAAAUACUGGUAACCAAUGCAACGAUCUCGAAACAUGGUUAUUGUAGUCAUACCUCCGAGUACCUUCAAAUAUUUAGUUUGAGUACCGUAAUAAAGUGAGUUGCAGUAAUCGAAUCGAGAAAAAAUAAAAACAUGAAUAAGCUUCUCCAAGUCUAUACGUGCUAAGAAAGGCUUGAUCUUAAGAAUCAUUCUUAAUUGGUAGAAGCUAACUUUGAAAACACAACUUGUUUGAGAGUUCAUUUUGAAGCACUGUCAUAGAUCAAACCCAUAUUUUUACUUGAUGGUUUUUAAAAGGACGUAAUGUUCCCUAGUUAACUCCAGCUGUAUCAUUCAUUUCAGAGGGACCAAAUAUAAUGAUCUCUGUUUUUGCUUCAUUAAGACUCAAAAAGUUAGCAGAUAUCCAAGACUUCACCUCAUCUACACAGGCCAACAGACGCCCCAAGGCACUGGAAGAAUUUGGGUUUAAAGACAAAUACAACUGAGCUUCAUCAGCAUAAUAAUGAAACAACCAUAAUGAAACACCAUAUUUAUCCAAAAUCAAUCCUAACGUAGCAUAUACAGAGAAAAGAAAAAGGUGCUAAAAUAGAGCCUUGCAGAACACCACAAGAAAUGGGGGCCAGUUAUUCACUUAAAUCUUUUGAUCUAAAAAUUUUUUAUCAAAAAUCGGAGAAAAUGGUGUUUAAUCGAUGACUACAUCCAGAUCACAUUCAAUACCAAGUUCACUUUAGGUGGUUUUGAUUUAUAUGCUGAUUGAUAAUGGUUAAAAAUGUUAUACACCACACUACUGUAUAACAGUGAAAACACAGAGUGCUGGAAAACUUAAUCAAUGGUGUGGAAAGAGCUGAAAGCAUGACCAUGCGAAACAGAAUGUGAUCAGUCAGCAAUGCUUAAAUGUCUGUGUUUCUCCUACAGGGCUGCUGUCUGACUCUGAAUAGUGCGCUGGUAGUAUAGAAUGAUCUAUGGGUGCUCUCUGGAAAGGAAAGAGAGGAAAAAAUGUAUACAGGACUGAAAUGACACGAGAGUAAAUAAUGAUUGUUGGAUGAACUAAUCUCUUGAAAGUUGAAGUGACAGCUGGCCUGGCAGUGAUCUAACAGUCUCUCUCAGACCAAAUCUGAGCUGGACCGACAUGUCAGAAUCAGAUAUUAUGAAUUUUCUGAUGACAGUCAGCAAUAAUUCAUCCCAAGUCCUCCAGAAGAUUUGAAUUCGUAACUGCGGUGUCUAAUGCAGCCCUCUGAUUUGGAUCAGCUUUCACAUAAAUACUUGUUUUUAUGGCAAUGUUUUGAAGUUUUUCAUGGUUAUGUUCUUAAGAUUAUUCUGACUGAAAUUAUCAGAAGCCCUAAUGACUCUGAACUUGGCACACUCUCUGAGAAAGGGACAGUUAACAUAUACAUUUAUAUAUUUAUGUGAUAUACAUGUGUGUGAAUAAUCUAAAAGACAAUUCUGUCAGAAGACAACAUGCUGUAGAUGUGAAGAGUAGUGCUGUAUUUUGCAGACACUUUAAUCCAAAGUCAUCCUUGAGAAGUUUCACUGCUGCUCGUGGUGUAGAGGGCUGUGAAUGGGAUGAGCAUUUAUCGGCCGUCAGCCUCACAAUAUCACAUCAGUGUCCAUAGAGCUGGCCUGCAGGUCAGGCUGUGCUUAGCCUGAGCUUUACUGACAUGGAACAGACAGGGUGAUUUUCCCAAGCCAAACUCAAUGUCAGCGAUCAGACAUGACUUUAGUGAUCUAAUAGAUGGUCACAAAAGCCUGUAAUAUGUUUAAAAAACAGCAGUGUGUCAGUGUGUUUUGUCCAGCCCGAAUCCAAGGCUCACAAGCAGAUAUACAGUAAAUACAAAACAACAAACCACCCUAUGGAGACCAACAGAAGCUAUCAUGUGCUGUUGUUGUGUUGUCAUGUGAAUUAUACCUGCUGUAUUUGUUUGCGGACUAUCUUUGGUCAUAAUGUGACAUUAGUGUGUGUGUGUGUGUGUCUGUCUGUUAGUGUUCCAAGUAUUUCAGUACUAAAGUGGAUCUGUCCAUUCCACCCAUUAUAGUCAGGGAUGUUUUUCUCUGAUUUUGCUUUGUUUCUUUUUUAAAUGCACACAGAUGUAAAGUGUCUGUUAAUGUCGUUCUGUCUCAUUUUGAUAUGUCUCCGCUAUGUAGAGGGGUUGUGUGAUCAAAGCUCCAGAAGAGAUCCUGGACUGACCACUGAACUGCCUCUGCUGAAAAAAAGAUAAUGUGAGAUUAUACUGUGAAUAAAAGUGUUUAGUCACGUA